GCAGUCUCCGCCUACGACUUUCCAAGUCCUGCUGUUUCUAGCCCGGCGCCCUGUGCCUCCUGGGCGGAGAAACUGCUUCCUCUUGGGAACAACCGCCUCCCGCUCCUAGCAGGUUGCUACUGCCCCGAACCCGCGCUGCAGGGAACAGCGGGGCAAACAGUGAGUGGGGUUCAGCGUAGACUCUGGACCAGGAGAGGCCCACGGUGACCGAGGCCUGGGCCCCGGAAACCAAUAGAGCCAUGGCGACUCCCUCUGCUGCCUUCGAGGCCCUUAUGAAUGGCGUGACAAGCUGGGAUGUACCCGAAGAUGCCGUUCCAUGUGAACUGCUUCUUAUUGGAGAGGCUUCAUUUCCUGUGAUGGUGAAUGACAUGGGCCAGGUCCUCAUUGCUGCCUCCUCCUAUGGCCGUGGCCGCCUGGUGGUCGUGUCCCAUGAGGACUACUUGGUGGAAGCCCAGCUCACGCCCUUUCUCCUGAACGCAGUGGGGUGGCUUUGCUCUUCCCCUGGGGCUCCCAUUGGUGUACACCCAUCCCUGGCACCUUUGGCCAAAAUCCUCGAGGGCUCUGGAGUGGAUGCAAAGGUUGAGCCAGAAGUGAAAGACUCCCUGGGGGUUUACUGUAUUGAUGCCUACAAUGAAACCAUGACAGAAAAGCUGGUCAAGUUCAUGAAACGUGGUGGCGGCUUGCUCAUAGGAGGACAAGCCUGGGAUUGGGCCAACCAGGGUGAGGAUGAAAGGGUUCUGUUCACGUUCCCUGGGAACCUCGUGACCAGUGUGGCUGGCAUUUACUUUACUGACAACAAAGGGGACACGAGUUUCUUUAAAGUCUCCAAGAAGAUGCCCAAGAUCCCAGUGUUGGUUAGUUGUGAAGAUGACCUCUCCGAGGACAGAGAGGAGCUUCUGCAUGGGAUUUCAGAGCUGGACAUCAGCAACUCGGAUUGUUUUCCAUCCCAGCUGCUAGUGCAUGGGGCUUUAGCCUUUCCUCUAGGGUUAGAUUCUUACCAUGGCUGUGUUAUAGCGGCUGCCCGCUAUGGCCGGGGCCGGGUGGUUGUGACUGGCCAUAAGGUAUUAUUCACUGUUGGUAAACUGGGCCCCUUUCUGCUCAAUGCUGUCCGCUGGCUGGAUGGGGGCCGCAGAGGCAAGAUCGUGGUGCAGACAGAGCUGAGAACCCUGAGUGGCCUCCUCGCAGUGGGGGGCAUAGACACCAGCAUUGAGCCCAAUCUGACCAGUGAUGCAAGUGUCUAUUGCUUUGAACCCGUUAGUGAAGUAGGGGUCAAGGAACUGCAGGAGUUUGUAGCAGAGGGUGGCGGGCUAUUUGUUGGAGCCCAAGCCUGGUGGUGGGCCUUCAAGAACCCCGGAGUGUCCCCUUUGGCUCGAUUCCCAGGAAACCUCCUCCUCAACCCCUUUGGCAUCAGCAUUACAAGCCAAAGCCUCAAUCCAGGGCCCUUUCGUACUCCUAAAGCAGGGAUAAGGACCUAUCACUUCCGCUCCACCUUGGCCGAGUUCCAGGUUAUAAUGGGCAGGAAGAGAGGAAAUGUGGAAAAGGGCUGGUUGGCAAAGCUGGGACCAGAUGGUGCAGCUUUCCUGCAGAUUCCCGCAGAAGAGAUCCCUGCCUACAUGUCUGUGCAUCGACUCCUGAGGAAGCUGCUAAGUCGAUACCGGCUCCCAGUAGCAACCCGAGAGAACCCUGUUAUCAAUGACUGCUGCAGAGGUGCUAUGCUUUCUCUGGCCACAGGGCUGGCCCACUCUGGAAGUGACCUCUCUCUGUUAGUCCCAGAAAUUGAAGAUAUGUACAGCAGCCCCUAUCUGCGCCCCUCAGAAUCUCCUAUCACCGUCGAGGUCAACUGCACCAAUCCAGGCACCAGAUAUUGUUGGAUGAGUACUGGGCUCUACAUACCUGGAAGGCAAAUUAUAGAAGUCUCACUGCCUGAAGCUGCCGCCUCUGCCGACCUGAAGAUACAGAUUGGCUGCCACACAGAUGACCUGACCAGGGCCAGCAAGCUUUUCCGAGGCCCACUCGUAAUUAACCGGUGCUGCUUGGACAAACCCACAAAAUCGAUCACAUGCCUCUGGGGUGGACUCCUCUAUAUAAUUGUGCCUCAGAACAGCAAACUGGGUUCUGUGCCCGUCACCGUGAAGGGGGCUGUGCAUGCUCCAUACUACAAGCUGGGGGAGACCACCCUGGAGGAGUGGAAGAGGCGUAUCCAGGAGAAUCCAGGGCCCUGGGGAGAGCUGGCCACGGACAACAUCAUUCUGACCGUGCCGACUGCAAAUCUUCGUACUCUGGAGAACCCUGAGCCGCUGCUCCGCCUCUGGGACGAGGUGAUGCAGGCUGUGGCGCGACUGGGAGCUGAGCCCUUCCCUUUGCGUCUGCCUCAGAGGAUUGUUGCCGACGUGCAGAUCUCAGUGGGCUGGAUGCAUGCAGGGUACCCCAUCAUGUGCCAUCUGGAGUCAGUGCAGGAGCUCAUCAACGAGAAGCUCAUCAGAACCAAAGGGCUGUGGGGCCCCGUCCAUGAGCUGGGCCGCAACCAGCAGCGGCAGGAGUGGGAGUUCCCACCACACACCACCGAGGCCACCUGCAACCUGUGGUGUGUGUAUGUGCAUGAGACGGUCUUGGGCAUUCCUCGAAGCCGUGCCAAUAUUGCUCUGUGGCCCCCAGUUCGGGAGAAAAGAGUCAGAAUCUACCUGAGCAAGGGUCCCAAUGUGAAAAACUGGAAUGCAUGGACCGCACUGGAAACGUAUUUACAGCUCCAGGAAGCCUUUGGUUGGGAGCCAUUCAUCCGUCUCUUCACUGAGUACAGGAACCAGACCAACUUGCCCACAGACAAUGUUGACAAAAUGAAUCUGUGGGUCAAGAUGUUCUCCCACCAAGUGCAGAAGAACCUGGCUCCAUUCUUUGAGGCCUGGGCCUGGCCCAUCCAGAAGGAAGUGGCUACCAGCCUGGCCUAUCUACCUGAAUGGAAGGAAAAUAUUAUGAAAUUGUACCUCCUCACACAGAUGCCCCACUGAAAUUGAAGUCAAGAAAUGCAAAAAGGAAUUGACACAUCUCAGCAAAGAAAACUGAAGGGAUUUGGUUAUAAGUGGAAAAGAUCUCAGCAUAUUUCUGGAAGAGAGAAAGUGGAUGAAGCAUGAUAAUGAAAGAGUGAAGAACCUUUCAGAUAAAAUGUAAGCUGAUCUGAACAACAUAACCCCAAAGAGACUUGUGCACCUGAAAAGCUUGUCUACUGAAGAAUUACUCCAGUUGUAAGACUGAGCCCUCUCCUACUCUCCCCCAACUCUUAUGCACAGAACACAGGCAGUCUCCACUAUUGAUACCAGUUAAAAAUUUCUUGUUAUUAUUGCUGUUGUUUGUAUAAAGGAAUUGAACAGGCUGCCUGCAGAGAGAUAAGAGUUGGUGCUCCAGAAAAAAAUUUCUCUUCUAGUGGAAAUAAGUGCCCCUACCCCCAGCCAGUCAGCUCAUUCUCUACUGACAGCUGAGACCUCCUACUCAAGUGCCUGUUGCCUUCAGGUAUAGAAGAGGUUUGCUGAAGAAACAGACCUAACUGUACAACAGCAGAGGAAACCCAUGCCAACUGUUAUACAAGUUAACAGUUAUGUUGAUUCUUAAAUGGGAAUGGUGAGUUAGAAAUUCCCAGACAUGGGUGAUGGGAGGGAAGAGGAAUAAGAAAAGUCACCAGGUAGAAUUAGGGGCCUUGAAAAUAUGACAAACUCUGAGGGAAACAAAGACAAUGUGGAAAGAAUAACUUAAUUUUAAUUCCAUCUCCAGAGAGAUUUGAGGCGUAUUUAAGAUGAAAAACAGGAUACUACAAAGAAACGGAAAACUCAGGAGUUUGAGACCAGCCUAGGCAAGAUGGCAACAUCCCGUCUCUACAAAAUAAUUUUUAAAAAUUAGCCAAGCAUGGUGGCAUGUGCCUGUGGUCCUAGCUACUUGGGAGGCUGAGGUGGGAAGAUCACUUGAGCCCAGGAGUUCAAGGUUUCAGUGAGCCAUGAUGGUGCCACUCCACUCCAGCCUGGGGGACAGAGUGAGACCCUGUCUCUUAAAAAGCAAGAAAAGAAAGAGAAGACUGAGAAUAGGAAGAUCUCUUUGAAAAUAAAAUAAGACUGCUAAAAGUAUUUGGUAUACAGUCUGGAAAAUAAAGUUGAGGGAAUCUCUCCAUAUAAAGAGCAAAAAGAAAUAGAGAGAAAAAUAUAAAGAAAGAAAAAAGACAUAGACAAUCAAUAUGUAAUGUUAGGAGUUCCUGGAAGAGAGAACAGAGACAGUGUAGGUGAAGAAAUAAAAAGAAAAAGAAUUGAAGAACAGAGCAAGCUAAGUCUCCAGAUUGAGAGGGCCCAAUACAAUCUACAUCUAGACACAAUAUUGUAAAAUUUUGGAAUAUUAAGGAUAGAAGGAAGAUAUUAAAGUGGCCAGGGAGAAAACAAGUGAGGUCAUCACGAUUAGCUCAACACAAAAAUGGAUGAGAAAUAGACUGCUAACAGAUUUGUCAUCAGCAACACUGAAUGCCAGAAGUCAAUGGAUCAACAUCUUCACAGAGCUUAUGGAAAAUUUUUGUACCUAGAAUGUCAUAGUAAGGCAAACUGUCAAGAAGAAUAUCAAAGUGAAGACAUUUUCUGACAGGCAAAUUUUCAGAAAGUCUCCCUCCUUUGCACCCUUACUGAGGAAGUAUCUUGAGGAAGUUCUCCAGCAAAAUGAGGAUGAAAACCAGGAAAGAAGAAGAAAUGGGAUCCAUAAAACAGUGGACCUUACUUAGGAUGUCUCAUUCUAGAGUGACGGUUAUCCAAAAGGAUGUCUCACCCUAGAAUGACAGCUAUCCAGCAGACUAAUUUCAGAUGAGAGCACACUGUCUUGGGCUUUCUGGGAAGAAUGUGCAUUCAGUGCCAUAGAUGGUAUCAUUGAAGAGCUGGGAUGCUUGAGAAGAUUAUUUAGUCAAGAAAAAAGGAAGACAAAUCAACAAUAUGUCAAAAAAUUCAGGUCCAAUUAUAGAGCAAAAUAAAAUGAGGCAUGAUUUUGAGUUAUUCAUGAAGAAUAAGAAGAGGCUUGAUAGGUACAUUUCCUUUUCUAUGGCACAGGCAUGAUGAUAUUGGGUGCGUAGGGAAGAAAAUAUCCUAGCUUAUCCUAGGCUCCCAGUAAGAAGUAUUUAAAUAGCCAAAAUAAUGUGGAUCUCAUUUAUUCGUAUUCAGUGUUCAGAUCAGCCUAUUAACAAAGUGUGAAAGGCUUCAUUUUUUAUUCAGAACUGAAGUUGAAAGUAAUUAAUGCUGACAAAGGGAAAGAAAGCAGAAAGAGAUUGAGAAUUAGAGGAAGAGAGGUGGAAUCAAAGGUAGAGAUACUUAUAUAUUCAAAGCGGGGAUGAAAAGAUCUUCAGUUAAUGGAACAAGAACUAGAGGAUUAGUAUAUUGUUCAAAGCUAUAAAAUCAAACCAAUAGAUAUAUUAAAAAGUGAUGUAACUAUCAGACAUUUGGAGAGAGAUGGACAAAGGAAAGUGGCGACAGUGUAAGUUAAAUCCUUAUCUUUUGUAAUGGGGAAUUAUUAAAGAUGUUGUAAAGUCAAUAAGUCAAGAAAUUAUUGCUCAAACAUAUUAUUUAAAGUUAGAAAGUUAGUUACGAGACGAUCUAAAAUAAAUAUUGUUUAAAAGCAUUACCUCUAGGGAAUGGGACUAGAUUUAAAAAGGGUGGGAUGGGAAACUGUGUUUUUCAUUUUAAGUCCUUCUGUACUAUUUAAUUUUUUACCUUGUGCAUGUAUUACUUUGAGAAAAUUUUUAAUAAACCCAAAUAAAAAUCU